AUGGAGAUUGAUCAGUCAACAAUUCAAGAGAAGGCUGGACCUUUAACGCGUGCAUGGGGCUUGCUCAAGGUUUUGCCUGGUAAGGCCGAGGCCGAGAUUUUAAGGGUUGCAAAGAGCAUAAAAAAACUUGGAAAGGAUGACCCAAGAAGAAUCAUCCACUCCCUAAAAGUGGGACUAGCUCUCACACUGUCGUCCUUAAUAUAUUACUUGAGGCCCCUCUAUGAUGGCUUUGGGACUGCAGGAAUCUGGGCUGUGCUAACUGUGGUGGUAGUUUUCGAAUUCACCGUCGGUGGAACCUUGAGCAAGAGUUUGAAUAGAGGUUUUGCAACAUUAGUAGCUGGUGCUCUAGGGCUUGGAGCUCAGCAAUUGGCCAGUCUCUUUGGCGACAAAGGGGAUCCCAUUGUCCUUGGAAUCCUUGUCUUCUUGUUAGCUGCAGUAUCUACUUUCAUGCGAUUCUUCCCUCAAAUCAAAGCUAGAUAUGAUUAUGGAGUCUUGAUAUUCAUAUUAACAUUCAGUUUGAUAGCUCUUUCGGGGUGUCGAGUUGAAGAACUCUUAGAAAUGGCACAUCAAAGGCUAUCAACAAUAAUAGUCGGUGGAGCAACAUGCAUAGUGGUAUCCAUCUGUAUCUGUCCUGUUUGGGCAGGUGAAACUCUUCAUAACUCGGUUGCUGCCAAUAUAGAAAAGCUUGCAAGCUACCUAGAAGGUUUUGGUGGUGAAUAUUUUCAGUCCUGUGAGCGUUCCAAUAGCGACAAAUCAUUUCUUCAAGGAUAUAAAAAUGUCCUCAAUUCAAAAUCCACUGAAGAAGCCAUGGCAAAUCUUGCUAGAUGGGAACCUAGACACGGCCGCUUUCGUUCCCGGCAUCCAUGGAAACAAUACUUGAAGAUUGGAGAGCUCACACGUCAAUGUGCUUACCAUAUUGAAACUCUUAAUGGCUACAUCAACUCUGACAUCCAUGCACCACUAGAAUUCCGAUGUAAAAUCCAAGAACCAUGUACACUGAUUAGUGCAGAAUGCGGCAAAGCACUGAAAUCGCUGGCUUCGGCUAUCAAAACCACGACUGUUCCAUCCUCAGAAAAUGUCAACGUUGAGAACUCCAAAACUGCAGUCCAGGACCUCAAAAUUGCUCUCAAAGCUGUCUCACUUGAGCACGAUCAAGACCUUUUACAAAUUCUGCCAGCUGCAACAGUUGCAUCAAUACUAGUUGAAAUCGUUAUAUGCGUGGAGAAAAUAUCCGAAUCAGUACACGGGCUCUCUAACCUAGCACACUUUAAGAGUGUUGAACUUACUGUGUCACCAGAGAAACCGCACAGAGGAAGCAUAAAACCUGUUUCAGAGGGUGACAGUGAUCAUGCUGUUAUUACAAUACAUGGAACAUCUCCAGAUUCUCCAGGAAAUGAGACUCCUAAGGCACCAAAGCUUGGCUAACGAGUAGGAGUGUAAAUAUGGUUGGAAAUUUAUUUUAAAUAAAUAAAUU